AUAAACAAAUCCGCGCUGAGGAUGGCUGAGGAACAGAAAUUUGUCCAGCUGUCCACGAAAUUCCUGUUCCUGAACGGUGGAGCGCAGCAACCAUCGUCACAAGGCUACCGGAAGGAAAUCAACACGCUACUGAACGAACUGAACGGGCUGAAUUACGGUGCGAUCCGAAUCUGUGAUGUACGGGCCGUCGUUCGGUUGCUGGAAUCGCUCGUCAACAUUCCACCGGCGGAGGACUCGCUCGUGGUGAAGGCCUGCUUUCUCCUCAAAACACUCGUCCAGCGCCAGCGUGUAGCGCUACCGGAAACGCUGGCAAACAGUUUGAUCGACUGGUUACGGAAAUGUCUCGAGCGAUGCUUCUAUCAGGUGGCCUACGAAGUGCUCGGUACGAUGCAGAUCAUUCUGCGACAGGCCGGCAAUGUUUCUCAGUUUUACGAUUUUCUCAUUUCGCGCAACGGCGUACUGGUGAAUUUGCUCAUUGAUCCGGAUUACCGGCGUUCUUCCGACUCGAAGCAACCAUCGGAACAGGAGCAGCAACAGGUGGAUCAGUGCAGUCGGAGUGAGCUGUACCUGGCGUCGAUGCUCUGCAUCGAGAGCGUGCUGAGACGUAUCGAGAAACCGUGCGAUGAAUCCACCCAGCCUUACCUGUCCGUAGUAGGCGAUGCGGUGUUGAAUCUGAUGUUUACCGCAACGGCAGAGGCCUUUACGGAGCAGGCAUUCUAUCGGUUAAUCAAGUCGGCCUUUGCCUGCCUCAGCAUGAUCGUGACACUCGAUGAAAUCGGUGAAUGGAAGAUCGCUCAACUGGGCCGUCUAAUUGGGGUUGCGAAAGCGUACAUGAUGUAUGGCAUACCUGGUGUGACGAAGCACACACCCCAGCGCAUACCCGUCUCCCAACAGGGCAUCCCGGAACCACAGCAGAUGCCAAUCAGCAAGGGAGGCAAGAUUGCGAGAACUCGGAAGACGCGAACGCACCCUAAAAAUAAGAAGGGCGGUCCCAGUUCAGUGGGAGUGAUACGAGACAAACAACAGACACCGCUAGAUGCUGCCUCCGCUAACCGGCAACCAUACUCAGAAGCGAGCAUCGUUCUUGAAUGGUGCGCAUCACAGGAACGACCUGCGGAUGGUUCGCUGUAUCUGACGAGCGACUCGGAACAGUCGGAGAGCGAGAACAGCACGAACCCACGUGGCCACUCAUUGGAACUGCACCGCAAUGCACGCAUACGCCAUGCUGCUCUGCUACUAAUCGGAACGCUAGCACAGCACAUUGAGAAGCGCAUCAUGUUCGGGUACUGGCAUGCGCUCUUCCCGGAUCAGAAUCGAACUGCGGCCACCGUAACGCUGCUGAACAGUGCGCUACGCGAUCCGGCACCGAGCUGUCGCGUAGCAGCCAUUCAAGCAACCGCCUUCCUGCUCUACCGUUCCAAGCCAUUCCUAGUGCAGGCAGAAAGCAGCAAAAAACCACUGAUGUCCUUCACACCCUUCUCCGUGACACUCGGCAAUAUGGUGAUCGAGUUGUACGCGAUGCUGAUGCAAGCACUGACCCAGGAAGCCAACGUUACCGUCCUGAUCCAGCUGCUCAAGUGCUUGACGGUGCUGAUACAAGCGACUCCCUUCCAUCGGUUACGCUCCGGCCUAGCGAAGGAGUUUGUGACGAUCGUUCAGCAGCUGGUACUGCAGCGUGACCCCAAUAUCCGCGUGUCCGCGCUCAUGGUGAUGGGUUUCGUUAUUUCGGUGCCUGAUAUGACGGAGGAAAUCGCAGAACUGCUAGGUAUCGAGCGUGUUGAAGCCAUCCCCUGCGGUAAUGAAGCUCGUAGCAAACCGAUUAUUAAGGCCCUUCGCCUACAGCAAGCUGGUCCGGAAGAGGCAGAAGAAGAGGAAGCGUAUGAUUCGGAGAGCGAAGAUAAACCGGUGUCGGAGGAAAACCAAGAGGCACAUCAGCAAGAGGAACCUCAGCCAACAGCUGCGGUUGGUUCCGCUUCGUGGUUGCUACCGAUUGUGUUGGAAAGUCUCGGCGUUGGAGCACCACAGUCACCGAUUAUGGCCGUCCGAAUGGAGUGUUUACAGGUGCUCUGUGCAAUGAGCAGCCAUUACUCGUUGCUUCGUCACCAUCUGAAACCGGUGGCCCAAGCGCUUCGCAAUGCGUUCGUCGAUCCGGUGAUCGAGGUGAAGAUCGUUGCCGCACGGGUAGUGGAUUUGCUGGGUCACGCUGUUAACACUUCGCUUCUUUCAAUGGAUACGGUUGAUCCCGAGGAGCUAGCGACGGCGAUGCACUUCUGGGACGCCAUCACUCCGCUGCUCAUGGAUGAAAUACAGGAUGUCUAUCUGUUCUCUACGAUGCGUUCGAUAUGCUGCGACGCACUCGGUAACAUUGGAGUUCACGUUUUCGAAAAGCUACCACGCGGUCGUCAGCUGGCACUGAUAUCGAUGCUGACCGGGUGCACUUUCGACGAUGAUAGUAUCGUAGCGUCUGCCGCCGCUCGGUCGCUCUCCGUGUACAUACUGUUCCCUUCACUGCGGGAUGAUGCGUGCUUCGUAGAGAACACAAUCGAAGCGAUCUUGCGGGUGUUGCGUGAUCCAAGCCAGAAUGCACGCAUCAAAACGUCCUGGUCACUCGGUAACGUCACGGAUGCGCUCAUACUGAACCAGCAGCAUCAUCACCAGCAAAUCCUAUCCAGUGGAGUUAGUGAGGAGCAGCGUGAACCAGAUUCGGGUUACCAUACGGUCAUCGGUGAUGCGUUACUACAGAAAAUCCUCGAAGCAGCCCUCGAGUCGGCCCGUGACAACGAUAAAGUGCGUAGCAACGCAGUCCGUACGAUGGGUAACGUACUGCGGUUGCUGCGACCGCACCAUUUCGAGCCAGCAGCAGGAAGUUGGACCGUGCUGGCGCAGUCUGCGAUCGAUCAGCUCGUCCAGAACGUAACGGCCGGCGGUGCCGUUAAUGUGAAGGUGAAAUGGAAUGCAUGCUACGCACUCGGUAAUAUGCAACGGAAUGAAGCCUUUUUCACGGGAGCAGCGGCCUCCCAGAUAGCCUGGCAAAAGCGUGUCUUUCCCGCCCUCUGCGAGGUGGUGGUUAAUUCACCCAACUUCAAAGUGCGCAUCAAUGCCGCCCAAGCACUGGCCGUUGUGGAGCGACGAUCACACUACGGUGGCACAUACUUCCACACCAUCUGGACCGCGUUGCUGCAGGCACUGGAGCAGUCGGACAAUUUGCAGGAUUACAACGAGUACAAACGGCGCGAUACACUGCAGGAGCAGCUGUGCCUCUCGUUGGCGCACUGCUUGCGUCUGGCGACGCGAGAAGAUAUUGGUCCGAUGGCUGCCAUUCUACUGCCGCUGUACGACGUGGUGCGACAGAAUUGGGUACGCGUGAUAAAUCGCAUACUACCGGAGAAGGGUGACAUAUUGCUCGAGUCUUACCUAUUGCUGCUUGAUCAACGGAAGCGUCAAACAGCAGGUGCGACGGGAGAUUCACACCCACCGGACUCAUCCUGGAAGCUACUGAUACAGUGCUUUGACUGUGGUGGCGAUCAGCGGCCGGACCUAAAGGAAGAAUGAUCAAUAAAGCCGCUACGCCGGUGUGAGCUCGGUAACUCUAUUCGCUUUUAUACUAAUCUAUUUAUUUAAUAUUUAUGGUGAGAUGUGAAGGUUUGUAAAGUAAAAAUAAAAAAAUACAAUUAUCCUG